AUUUUUAUAAUAAAUGAGUGAUGAAGAAGGUUUGAUAUAUAUUUUAUGUAAUAGAUUAUGAAGAAGAAGAAGAGGAAGAAGAAGAGGAGGAGGAGGAAGAAGAAGAAGAAGAGAAACCUUAGGAACGUAUAUAAUAAGAAUUAAUAAAUAAUUAGCAACUGUUUAAACAUUGGCAAGGGAUAUCCAUGGAGUAUGCUUUUAAGCAAAAAGUAUAAUGAACAGAAUGCAUGUAAACAUUGAUCCCCCAUAGCAAUACUAUUAGUAAUGAUAUAUACUGAAUCAGACCACCACCAUAUUGGAAUUAUUCAAAUCAAUAUUAUGAUCCAUAUCAAUAGUAGCCUAGUUAUCAAUAUCAAUAACCAAUUCGUCAUGAAAAGAUAGAAGAUUAACAAGACUAUUAAGAUUAUUUAGAAUAUUUGAGAUUUAAACAAUUUAAGUAUUAAAAUAUUGUUAAUUUUAAGGGAAACUCAUUAAAGUGAUUUUUCUGGAUUGGGAUCUUCAAAAAUCAUUUAAAACUAUUAUAAAACACUUUAAUAAUAAGCAACUAGAACUUAAGUUUAAUAGAAUGCAAGCCAAUUGUAUAGAAGAAAUAAUAUGGAUUAAAGUUUUAAGAAUAGUACACGCUAUGGUUAUUAUUGAUCAUAAGAUUUAUAAUGCAU